AUGGCUUCCGUGAGACAGAUCCAAGGUGAUACAGCUUACCUUCUUCCACCAACCAGGAGAGUGAAGGUCACUGUAUGCAGUUCUAAUUUGGAGGAAAAUGUAUCGGGCCUUAUCCAGCACAUCCAACAAAGACUGCCCGAUGUUGUGGAAAUGGUGGAAUUUAGAUCCCUCCCGUACAACAUCAGCGACAUUGAAAAGUUCGAUUUGAGAGGAAUUGAUGUCCUUCUACUCUGCCACUCCAUGAACAACAGACUAUUAUCAAUAACUGACGUCACAGAUGCGUUGUAUGAUAGAUUCCUGACAAGGGCUAAGAAAUAUUUGGGAACAUGUAAGGUAGGAGUCAUCGCCCAUGACUUUCAAGAAGAUUUUGUUAGAGAGUUUAAAAUGUCUUCUUUUCGCCGCACACAACCUCGGACGUUCAAGUGUGCAUCGCUUGUUUUGAUUGGAGGUCAGCUGUCACGUGAUCAAGUGGAGCUAACCGAGAAACAGCUUGGUGAUGUUAAGCAGUUUUUUUACCAGGCAUCACAUCCAAGUCGCUGGGAAAGGUUUCAUGAAUAG